CACCACUACACUUCCACCACCGUUCUUGCUACCACUACUAGCGACACAUUUGACUAUGUUUUUCUCAUCUUUACCCUGCUUUAUCUUCAGUGAAGUAAAGUUUUGUGAACAAGUGCUGUUGUGCAGAAUUGUGUAAAAGCGAGCGAGUGUUUAAAUUAUUAUAUGCAAUAAAUUGAAAGUUCAAAUUUCUGAAUAAACAUUAAGUUAGUUGACAUGGCGUCAAAUAAAGAAGAUAACAUGGAGAGUGUACAAUUUUUCGAGGGUGUUGAGAAACUACUGGAAAUUUGGUUUAUCAGUUCUGAUGGUGACAAUAAGAAGCAUGAUCUUAGAAAUAUUCCUCGACAUCGAUGGGAAUCUCUGUUAAAGAUGGUGCGUUGUGAGAUUAUCAGUUUCUGCAGAAACGAUGAUAUUGAUGCUUACGUUCUCAGCGAAAGUAGCAUGUUUGUCGCCAAACGUCGGCUAAUUCUCAAGACCUGUGGUACAACUACUCCAUUACAAUGUCUCGAAACAUUAUUAGAUCUGGUGGAAGAAUAUACUGGAUUCGACCAAGUGGAGGAUCUGUUUUAUUCUCGCAAAAAUUACAAACGACCCGAACUGCAGAUAGCUCCACAUCGCGGUUUUGAGGAUGAAAUAGCCUUGCUAAAUAGCAUCUUUCCUGAUGGUGAGGCAUACUGCUUAGGUGAUGUUGAUAAAGAUUGUUGGUAUCUAUAUACACUCAAUCGUACCAAGUCACCACAAGCUCCAAGAGAACCUGAUCAAACUCUGGAAAUACUUAUGACAAAUCUCGACGCUCGGGUAAUGUCAAUUUUCACUCGAGAUAUAUGCACUUCUGCUGCUGAAGCAACUCAAAAAUCUGGUAUUGAUAAACUCAUUCCUGGUAUGAUGAUUGAUGAUUUCCUUUUUGAACCUUGCGGAUAUUCCAUGAAUGGCGUUGCUAAGGAUGGGAGUUAUAUGACUAUUCAUAUUACACCAGAACCUGAGUUUUCUUAUGUAUCAUUUGAGAGUAAUAUUCCAGAAAGUUCAUACACAGAAGUGAUAGGACGCGUUCUAAAAACAUUCAAACCAGGCAACUUUGUUAUAACUAUUUUUGCUAAUAAAGAGUCUAUUGCAGCAGGUACUCCACGCGAGCUUAAACAUGCUAGCUAUCUUAACUUUAAUGGUGAAUGGUUACGUAACGAUGUCCAAUAUUGUCGCUUUAAAAAUUAUGAUUUAAUUUGUGCAUUUUAUUCUAAAUUCCCAAGCUGAUGGUUUACCGAUGGCCCAUCUCCACAUGUAGUAACACAGGAUGCAGAUAGGGCACAAAAUGUAUAUCCUAGUUAUUCAUCUGUUUUAAAUGAUAUUAAUAAUAAAAAUACUUUUUACCAUAA